AUGCGCGGCAGUCAUGCCGUGAAUCUGCGGCGCGUGCUCUCACUGCCAACGGCCCGGCGUGAGACCUUUUUGUUCGGCCGGGCACGUGCUAGACCCCGUGCCACCAGGUCUGGCCUGGCAAAGCCAAUACGACGCGAGGGUGCUCCAGGCACUGUAAUAACACCGAGUUCAUUAGGAAAUGGGGUUUCAAACGACACGGAUUACGACACUCAAUCCGCAUGGUAUGGUGCCCCGGCACCCACGGGUGGCAGGGCGGCACUGGUGCCCCAGUCCCCCCAAAGCGCAGAUGGCAAGGUAUCAGACAGUAUUGCCGGCCGGAUAAAUGCGUCGUUUGACCGCAGCGAUAUCGCAUAUUCGGCAUCGAAUUUGAUGGAAGGUCGCCAGUCUCCGUUGUCCGUUGAGGCGGUUCUCGAUCUCCAGAUUCGGCAGAAUGUCUUCAACCUACCUGCGCCGAGGCUACGCGUCUGGCUCUACAACCUGGACAUAGGGACAAUAGCACAAGCUGCAUUGAGUAAUCUGUUUUCAGCAACCCCUUCUGUAGACAAGGUAUUGGUAGCUGAAUCCGUGCUGGCGAACAAGGUCGGGUCUGAGCACGGAGUUAGGUCGUGCAGGGACGCGUUUCUGCUGCUUAAGUUACAGCGUGCUUUAUUGUUAUUAGGCUUAAGAUGUGAGCUCAAUUUGGCACUGUACCGACCUUGCAUCCAGCUGCUGAACUUUAAGCUGGACAGUAUGCGCAGUGAGCACGUGGUGCAUGUAUGCCAGACGCUUGCUUGGUUAUGGCAUCGCAUGGCUCUGGAUGGCAAGUUGGAGAGUAUUAGGGACUGUCACGGCCUGAAGGAAGCUGACGAUUUACAGGCCUCUCUUUACUCCCCGCUAGUGUCCUGCUUGGAGAGGGCCGUAUUGGAUAUCGGUCCAGAUACCAUUACCCGGUUACUGGAUCUGCUGGUGAUGUUGCAACGCCAACUGAGUAAGGGUAAGCUUAUGAGUAGUGAGCGCGUGGAGAGUAACUUGCCGAAGCCGUUUUACUUCGUCUGUAAAGAGGUGCUGGCAAAAUUAAGCAAGUCUGUGGACUACAAGGACUUCCACCUGGUGGUUAGGUGCCUGUCACGGUGCAGCAGCGUGGACCCAGUGAGUCUCAAUUGCGUUUUGUUACUGUACAAAUCGCUUGCGACGGGUUCCGAGUCUUCAAUGUACUACCCGUUGGAACGCUUUGUGGUGGAGGUUAUCCUGCGUGGUCUGGAAAUAGAGCCGGUAACAAAGGAUGCUAAUGCAGAGCUAAGACGAACACAAACUGAGGCUGCAAGCACUUAUCAAGCGGCGUUGACGCCGCUACCCUCAUGUUACAUCACGGUGCCAAAGGGGUACCGCCGGAAGGUGCAUUCGUUGAAAGACAUAUCACCGCUGAUAUCGUGGGCCGUCGGUACACUGAAGCGUUCUAUGGACCCUUCAGUGGCCGAUAUGUGCGACUACAGCCAUAUUAAGCGUCAUUACCGCAUGCGCAGCAGCCUACAGCUGCCCCUCACAGAUCUGUUGCGAUCGUCUGCCGACCGGAACAACAGCGCGCCUGCAACUCCCUCGUAA